AGAAAGCGCUCGCUUCUCUGAUGGUCGGAGAAUUGGACUUAAAAAAUGUAUAAACGCGUUAUUUGAGCUUAUCAUUUAAUUAAUAUAUUAACGUAUGUGAAAAAUACGGUUGUUGUUUGGAUGGCUACACUCACUCCUUUCAAUAAUCUGUGGUUGGAGACGGUCUUGUCUUAUUCAAUUAUUUAAGGAAACCUAUUUGGGUAGCAUGCUAUAUGCGAACUAGCAGCUAGCGAAGUUAAGUUACAGGAAGCCCCCUAGGGCCGUCGUGUCAACUAAAGAUCCGAGCCAAAGAUAAAUAGUCCUGUAGGUACGCUAACCAGUUAAAAAACAUGGCUGAGUUGCUUCUGGAUUCAAGUAUCCGAUUAUGGGUGGUUUUACCAAUUGUAUUGAUUACAUUUUGCGUUGGAAUUAUCCGUCACUAUGUCACCCAACUCCUGCAAAGUGACAAAAAAGUUGAUCUGGAACAGGUGUCAGACAGCCAAGUCCUUCUGCGUAGCCGCAUCUUAAGAGAAAAUGGAAAGUAUAUCCCUAAACAAUCAUUUAACAUGCGAAAGCAAUAUUUCAAUGAUGUGGAGACUGGGUUCUUCAAGAAGGUCAAGCGAAAGGUGACUCCCAAAAACCCAAUGACUGAUACCAGCAUGCUGACUGACAUGAUGAAGGGAAAUCUGACCAAUGUACUUCCCAUGAUUGUGAUUGGAGGAUGGAUCAACUGGGCAUUCUCUGGCUUUGUCAUUACUAAGGUUCCCUUUCCUCUGACAUUGAGAUUCAAACCAAUGCUGCAGCGUGGAAUUGAACUGUUGUCUCUUGAUGCAUCCUGGGUGAGCUCAGCCUCUUGGUAUUUCCUUAAUGUUUUUGGACUGAGGAGUAUGUACAGCCUCAUUCUUGGACAGGACAAUGCUGCGGAUCAGUCGAGGAUCAUGCAGGAUCAGAUGACUGGCGCUGCCAUGGCCAUGCCGCCUGAUCCUAACAAGGCCUUUAAGAGUGAAUGGGAGGCGUUGGAGAUUGUGGAGCACAAAUGGGCCCUGGAGAACGUUGAGGAGGAGCUGAUGUCUCGAGAUCUGAACUUUUGUGGAAUCUUCAGUCAAGAGAUAAAAGCCACCAUGUUCUAAUGAGGUUAUUGACUUAACUGCUGCUGUAGAGCCAGCCAGUUUCUGUGAUACAGUGUAUCAUCAGGGUUCUCUGAGGCAGUUGUAAAAAAAAAAUCUUUUUUUUAUUUAAAAAUCUCUUAAAUAUGAUUGUGAUACCUAAACAGUAUAUUUUUGGCUCAAGGCAAUAAUAAAAAACCAAUAGAAAGGCAAACGUAUUUAACCUCUGACAUUAAUUUAAUGACAACUAAUGCCUAUUUGUUUCGUUGUGUGAAAAUAGUGUAAGUUGAAUGUAAAUUAUGCAUGUGCUCAGCUUAGUUUUAUUGUUGCCUUGCAAUUUUUCACUAUUACGCCUUACUGUUAACUGAUUUCAUUCUGCAUUCAAAUAUCAGUGCAUCACACAGAUGUAUUAUUUGUAGAAAAUAGUUUGGUUGUGUUGAUUGAUUUCAGACAUGCUUCUCUGCACAUUUCUGAAAUGGCUUGUUGUUCUCUUUGUGUGUGUGAACCAAGGCCUCAUCUUUGAUAUUGUCUGCAUUGCUUGUGUUUGUUUAAGUUGUAAGGUUCUCAGGAGUAAAAAAAAAAGUUUUUUUUACCUUCAGCUAUUCUGUGCCCGCGGCGUCUCUUUCAGAGGUGAACUGGUGUUACAUGGUUAGCUCCCAAUACCAUUUAAACAUUUUUAAACAUACAAAAUCUUGCCAAAACAUCUGCUUUGGCUGUACUGUAUAAUUGAAUGAGAUGUAGCCUGUCCAUUGAAGCUGAUGUUUUUGUAUCUGUGCCAGAAGAGGUGGUGAUAUGGGGUUGGUGAGGAUGUAUUGGAAAUAUACCAUCUGCUUGGCUGUGGAGAUUUAGAAAUAAAUUAUCUGCAGAUCUGAA